AUGCAACAACUCUGGGUGCUUCCGUGCGGAUGGGACGAUCCAGUACCGGACAACCUACAAACUAAAUGGAAACAUUAUUGUCAAGACCUACCGAAAGUGUCUGCUUUUCGCGUUCAACGCUACGCUUUUCUACCCAGAUCUAAGGUGCAGCUGCACACAUUCACAGAUGCCUCCGAGGAUGCAUACGGAGCGUGCGUCUAUGCACGAUGCGAAAACCCCAAGGGAAAUGUCCGAGUAGAACUACUAGCCGCGAAAUCUAGAGUAGCCCCUCUGAAGCGUUUGAGUAUCGCACGUCUGGAACUAUGUGCUGCUGUUCUCGGUGCUCACCUUUACGACCACGUCAAGCAAGCCCUAGAUCUGCAGAUCGAGUCAUCCCAUUUUUGGACAGAUUCCACGGUUACCCUUCAGUGGCUAAAAUCACCACCAAACGUCUGGAAGACUUUCGUGGCCAACAGAGUGGCUGAAGUGCAACACCACACACACGGCUGCCAAUGGCGCCACGUUCCGGGAAGUGAAAAUCCAGCUGAUUUGGUAUCUCGAGGCACGACAGUUGAAGGACUUCUUAGCUCUGACUACUGGUACAACGGACCACACUGGUUAGCACUUCCGUCCCGAGAAUGGCCCAUACUCACUCUACCAGGUGUUCCCGACGAAGAACUGGAGAUUCGUCAAGUCGUAGCAGCUGUGCAAACACAAACUACAAUCAACCCGCUGUUCCUUCGCUACAGUUCUUUCACCCGUCUACUGCACAUCGUCGGCUACUGUUUGCGCUUCAUUUCCAACAGCAGAGCGAAGAUUCAGGCGAGGAACAGCCUGCAAGCAUCACCCGAUACUUCCCACAGCAUAUCUCUAACCGUGGAACAAGUACGAAUCGCAAAAACACGCCUCACUCGUUUAGCGCAAGAAGAUGCUUUCAACGACGAAAUUCGGGAACUCGAGAAGGGAAAAUCCAUUUCAAAAAAGUCAACCAUUCGCUUAUUAAAUCCUAUUCUAGAUUCUGAGAGAGUUCUAAGGGUUGGAGGGAGAUUAAACUUGUCCCAGUUGCCUUACCAUCUACUGGCCACCAUACGGCAAGAGUUCUGGCCUUUGGAUGGCCGUCGGCUGGUUAGAAGCAUUGUUCGCAAUUGCUUCCGUUGCACUCGUUUCAAUCCAGAGCCCGUAGAGCAACAAAUAGGCCAGCUACCUGCCCAACGAGUAGUGCCAGGAAGACCGUUCGAAGUCAUCGGAGUAGAUUACGCCGGCCCGGUUUAUCUCAAACCAACACACCCACGGGCGCCUGCGAUGAAGGCGUACAUCUGCAUAUUCGUAUGCUUCACAACGAAGGGUGUCCAUAUUGAGCUUGCCAGCGACCUAUCCACCCACACCUUUCUGAAGGCGUUGCGACGUUUCAUCUCACGUCGUGGCAGUCCCUCUCAUCUGCACUCAGACAAUGGGAAAAACUUUGAGGGAGCCAAAAAUGAGCUCGUUGAACUGUACCGGAUGCUUCGCAGUAACUCCGACCAAGACAAAAUUCGCAACGCUUGCGCCGAAAUUGGCAUACAAUGGCAUCUGACGCCCCCGAAAGCCCCACACUUCGGUGGGCUGUGGGAGGCGGCCGUGAAGAUCGCCAAAAGGCACUUGUUUCGCCAGCUGGGGUCCACCAGACUAUCGUUCGAGGAUAUGGCAACGGUGUUGACACAAAUUGAAUCAAUAAUGAAUUCACGCCCGCUGCUUUCCAUCUCUGACGAUCCGUGCGACCUCAGCGUUUUAACGCCUGCACACUUUCUCAUCGGCACUUCAGCGACAGCUUUGCCCGACCCAGACAUCAGCACAGUCCCAACAAAUCGGCUCACGCACUACCAACAGCUCCAGAUGCACGUCCAACAAUUCUGGAUCCGUUGGCGUGAUGAAUAUUUGCACGAACUCCAGCGGGAUUCGAAACAUCGCAGCCGAAACAACGAAAUCAUUCCGGGCCGGAUGGUCGUCGUAGUGGAUGAGAUGCAGGCUCCUCUCAGGUGGCCUCUUGCGCGAAUAACUGGAGUCCACCCAGGAAAAGACAAAAUCGUCCGUGUCGUAUCGCUUCGAACAGCGAGAGGAAUCAUCACUCGCCCCGUCACGAAAAUCUGCUUGUUGCCGUUCUCCGAUGCCAGCACCGACACAGAGGGAAGUCCAGCGACCAGUGAACAAACAGCAGACCAAACAGAAACGAAUAUUUCAUGUACCAAUCCUGAAAAAUAA